CUUACUUUGUAACCACAGACAACCCAUGAAGAGUAAGUGCACUCAGCCAUAUACAAAAUUCUGUGGAGAAAAUGUAUACUAGUCGAGAGGAUAUUGGAUAUGAUUUUGGAGAUAACUCAAAAGAUGGAAGUAAGACAACUCAACCUAAUCCAAACAUCGAUGGAGGAUGGGCUUGGAUGAUUGUACUUUCCUCUUUCCUUGUGCACAUCCUUAUCAUGGGGUCCCAAAUGGCCCUUGGAGUGCUCAACAUAGAAUGGCUGGAGGAAUUUAAUCAAAGCCGAGGCCUAACAGCGUGGGUUAGCUCCCUCAGCAUGGGCAUUACACUUAUUGUAGGUCCUUUCAUUGGUUUAUUCAUUAGCAUGUGUGGGUGCCGCAAAACAGCAAUAAUCGGAGGGAUACUUAAUGCCCUAGGUUGGAUACUGAGUGCCUAUGCUUCAAAUGUGCACUGCCUCUUCAUUACGUUUGGAGUGACAGCCGGUGUUGGAAGUGGCAUGGUUUAUCUACCUGCAGUGGUCAUGGUGGGACAGUAUUUCCAGAAGAGAAGAGCACUUGCACAAGGACUCAGUACAACAGGAACGGGGUUUGGCGCUUUCCUAAUGACUGCUUUACUGAAGUACCUUUGUGUGGAAUUUGGAUGGAGAAACGCAAUGUUCAUCCAGGGAGCCAUCGCCCUGAACCUCUGUGUCUGUGGGGCACUCAUGAGACCACUUUCUUCCAAAGAAGUUUCUGUGAAUGAAGAGUGUAUUGGGAGAAAUCAUAGCGAAGUUAAUCAUGCAAAAGCUCUAUCCCAUUCCACAGACACUGUAAAAUCUAACGGAGUCUUAAAUGGAGAACAGGAAAAAAAAGAAGAGGCAACAAAUGAAGAAGUGCUUGACAGUGUUCAGCGCAGAGAAAGUGGAGGUGAAUCUAGAAGUGGAAAGCAUAUGUACGGACUGUGCAUUCUUAAGAGAGUGAGCCAGCUGACAGUUACGGUCAGGAAGGGGUUUGGAAUAUGGUACUCCAGCUACUUUGGAGCUGCAUCACUGUUUACCAAUAGAGUGUUUGUGGCCUUCAUAAUUUGGGCUUUGUUUGCCUAUAGCAGCUUUGUCAUUCCCUUUAUUCAUCUUCCAGAAAUAGUCAAGCAGUACAAUUUAUCAAGACAGAAUAACGUAUUUCCUUUGACAUCAAUUAUAGCCAUUGUUCAUAUCCUUGGUAAAGUGAUCCUUGGCAUCAUCUCUGAUUUACCAUGCAUCAGCACUUGGAAUGUCUUCCUCAUGGCUAACUUUACCCUGGUCGCCUGUAUCCUUAUUUUGCCAUUAAUGCAAACAUACAUUGGUCUGGCUGUGAUUUGUGCUCUAAUAGGAUUUUCUAGUGGCUAUUUUUCCUUAAUGCCUGUUGUGACUGAAGAUUUAGUUGGAACUAAACACCUUGCAAAUGCUUAUGGCAUCAUCAUUUGUGCCAACGGAAUAUCUGCAUUGCUUGGACCACCCUUUGCAGGUUGGAUCUAUGACAUCACACAAAAAUAUGAUUUUUCUUUUUACAUAUGUGGCUUGCUAUACAUGGUGGGAAUAAUAUUUUUACUUUUCCAACCUUGUAUUCAAAAGGAACAACCAAGACAAAAAUCUACAGAAGAGGCACAAGUAUAGAGCAAUGGUACAGAUUUUUUUUCUACAAAAUUUUUUGUUUUUAUGUUUCUAUUGUGUGGUAGGAUAAAGCUGUUCUUA